GAUGUAGUUGCCGUUUCAGGAUCCACUAGACAAAUUGAAAUGUAUGGACGUUCAUCUAUGCCAAGUACUUCUUCAGCCAAAGAUGUUUAUCGACAAAGAAAUCUUGAAAAGAUGAAAAGAAAAUAUGCUGACUUUGAUUCUGCGAAGAAGGACUAUAUUGAUAAAGUUAGACGCAGGAACAAGCUAAGGAAUCCACAAGAUAAGUGGUUUUUGAGAGCUCAAAUAACAAUGAAUGAGUCCGAAGGUACUGAACAAUAUUUAAUAUAUUUUGCGAAGUUUCCAGAAUUUUCUAUUUCAGGCAUAUAUCCAACGACACAUGUUACUGAUCAUUACGCUGGGCCAAAUACUUGUUUAGCACAUGACAUUAUUUCUAAAAAGCAACAAGACAUGUAA